AAAUACCAUUUGGAGAUAACUUGACGUCAGGGUCUACUUCAGAUUAACCUAUUGACUUCUUAUCAUUGGUUGGUAUCAUAAAUAUGUCGCUAGUGUCAUGCAACCCUUUUUGCAAGUGGUGGACGCUUGUCCGAAUACAACGGUUGGCAUCUACACUCCUCUGAAUAAUUAAAAAAAGCAAUAAACAGAAGAGCCCUUUGACCUGUGUGGGAAGUAAUGAGUCGAAACAUUCGCUGGGAUUUAUGAACAUUGGAGCCAGAAAAGUGGACCCGGAAACACAAAUGAGUUAUCUUGGAACAUUGAACAAUAAAAGACAGAACGUUCGCUGUGUUUGACGCCUCUGACUUAAGUCACACAGUGUAAGCAAUCCGGCACCGGAAGGCAAAAAUUUUGCAAGUAUACGUGUCUAGGCUACCCAAAAAAACCAAUCAACAUGCGGUACAUUGAGUUUGUGAACGACUCCGUCAGGAUGCAAUAGAAUUGUGGUGGUGGAGUUGAAAUAGAAAUUGAUGACUGCGAGAAAUUAUUUGCACCUUUACUUGAAUAUCCGAUCUUUAUCAUCAAAACAGUGAAAUGAAGGAGGGAUUGAGAUUUCGUCAAAAUCGGGCCCUAAGAACCUCCGAAGGACCCCUCCAGCCCCUCCCGGGCUUCAUGCCAAGGAGAAUAUCUUCACCAAAUGAUACCCAGCAUCUUCUCUUUGUCAUAACUUUUUUUCUAUCAGUCUCUGUAUUAAUUAUUGUGGUGGAAAAACAUUUACCUGAGCCGAAACUGAUGAAUAAUGAAGGCCUCCACGCUGGAAGAUUUAUCGCCGAAAGGGCUAUGAACCAUAUAGUAAACUUGACGUCACUUGGGCCUAGAGUUGCAGGAAGUUAUGAAAAUGAAGUACUCGCUGUUAAUUAUCUCACAGCAGUCAUUAAUGACAUAACUGCGCAAAUCAGUGAUAAUCAUAAAAUAACGGUUGAUAUCACGAAACAUAGCGGAGCAUUUCCACUUAAGUUUUUGGAUGGCAUGACGAAUGUUUAUAGGAAUGUACAGAAUGUUAUCGUCAAGCUGGGACCCAGGAGAUGGGCCGAACACAGUCUGCUGUUGAACUGUCAUUUUGAUUCAUUUGUCGAGAGUCCUGGAGGAUCUGACGAUGGUGCAGGCUGUGCUGUCAUGCUUGAGAUACUCCGAGUCAUGGCUCAAAGUCCAAAGAUUCUCAGAAAUAACAUUAUUUUUCUCUUUAAUGGUGCUGAGGAGAAUUUAUUACAGGCUUCUCAUGGAUUCAUAACACAACAUCCAUGGGCCAAGGAGAUUAAAGCUUUCAUCAAUUUGGAAGCCUGCGGUGCGGGAGGAAGAGAAUUACUUUUUCAGGCUGGACCUGAUGAUCCAUGGAUGAUUGAGACUUAUUCAGAAAUGGUUCCGUAUCCAUACGCCUCUUCACUGGCCCAAGAAAUAUUUCAGAGUGGAAUUGUACCAGGUGACACUGAUUUUCGUAUAUUCAGGGACUUUGGAAAAGUCUCGGGUGUAGAUUUCGCGUGGUCAACAAAUGGUUACGUUUAUCAUACGCGCUUUGACACAGUGCAGCAGAUUCCACUAGGUUCUCUUCAACGAACAGGGGACAAUAUUUUGGCUCUCUCCCAGGGCAUUACUGCAAGCCACCACCUCGGCAACACUCAGCUCCGAAGCCACACUGGCAGUCUCGUGUUUUUCGAUUUCUUGGGAGCUUUUGUUGUCCGCUGGCCCCAGUAUGUUGCAAACAUCGUCAACCUCCUGAGCAUCUUCAUAGGCGCCUACUCAAUUUAUCUGAAUAUCGAUAAUGUUCCAAGAGAUUUGAAGUACUACAGUUACACACGUCAAGUUGUUCUCAGUAUUGGAGUCAUUUUAAGUUCCUGGCUGAUUUCAAUGAUCUCAAUGACUUUGAUUGCUCUAGUCCUCACGAAGCUUGGAAAAGUUAUGAGUUGGUAUUCAAGACCAGCUUGGCUAUUUUUUUUAUACGUCUGUCCCACAAUGUCAACGUCAAUGUUGUGGUUCAUGUUUGCUGGCAGUUACCAGAAGAAAGAAGUUAAUUCUUCGUGGAUUUUGUAUCACAUUUACUACGAUGCCUACAGUAUUAUCUGGAUGUUGAUUCUACUCGCCUGCGUUUUCCUGGAAAUUCGAUCCGGAUUCAUUCCGCUCCACUGGGUGUUUUUUCCUGCCGUCGGGAACAUCAUUAGACAGAGUUUCUUCAAGAAAUGGAGAGACUGGAGAUGGCUGGGCUAUCAAGUGGGAAUCCUCAGUUUACCGUAUAUUCAGUCCUUCUACUUGGCUAUCGGAGCUCUCUACCUGUUCAUACCCAUUAUGGGACGGUCUGGGGCGAGUGUGAACACCGAAGUAGUUAUAGCAAAUAUGAUUUCCAUUCUCUUCUGCUUUUUACUCAGUUUCACCAUGCCAAUAGUACUGCUGGUGAAAAACGCUGGGCGGGUCAUCAGCAUGAUGACAGGGCUAUUUUUAUUAUCGGCUGCGGUCCUGAUCCUGACACCGCUAGGAUUUCCAUACAGCGGAGAUGUUAAUUCACCGGCUCCUCAACGGUUCAUGAUCAUACAUACUCAACGAGCUUAUUAUAACGCGAAUGGCAGCCUUCGGUACUCAGGCGCGGGAUUUUGGAUAGUUGAUUUGGAUAUGAACAGCCCGCACAGUGUCGAGGCGAUGGUACCAGAAGUUGGAGCUAUUAUUCCCACUGUUAAAGACUGCAAGGAGCAGCUGUUCUGUGGUUUACCAUACUUAAUGCCUGUCACAACAUUUUUGUGGAAAACAAGUUGGAUACCUGGACCUGCGCCACUUAUAAAAAUUCCUACAAAACUAGAAUUAAUAUCUAAAAUAGUUAACAAGGAUUACGUGACAUUUACAUUCAAUAUCACAGGUCCCGAUCACAUAGGAAUAAUAUUAUCACCUUACGAAGGGGUGAAAUUAAAGCAAUGGACAAUAGUACAUGGAGACCCUUUACCCUGCCCCUCGUGGAACAACAGGGACGUUUACUUUAUUUAUUACGCUUGUACUAUGAACUGCAUUCCUUACAAUUUCUCGAUAAAACUCAAAGUGCCAGAAAUCCACAAUGAUUCACUUCUGACGAUUGCCCUGGCAGGACAUUUUUUGCAUGGUGAAAAUCAAAAAUCCAAGAGAUUCAGAAGUUUUCUCAGCCAAUUUCCCCCCUGGACUGUAAUCACUCCCUGGACAGCAUCAUACACUUCCUGGGAGUUUUAGCAGCAAUAAGCAACGUUUAUCGUGAAUAUAUUUUUCAAAUUAUUACUAAUUGGUAUGAAUGAAUGCACAAAGUGAUAUUUAGUGCAGAAGUAAAAAUCACUAGAUUAAAUUAAAUAUUAAUGAUAAGUUAAUAUCGAGCGAUACAUGAAAACAUAGAGUGCCUACAGAUUUUGAUAUUGCACGAAUAUGUUCUUCUAGAUUAUACUUUGAAUUAAUUCGUAAUGGAUAAAUAUUUGUUGUAUAUGCUUUCACAGUAUUCGCUCCUGCUUGUUUACAUUAUAUGCUCAAAAACAAAUAAUAAGAAAAAAUAGCGUAUGCUUGGACUUACGAUGGUACACAACAGAAAUUUCUCUGAAUAUCAAAAACCUCUAGAAAGAAAUAGAAAAUUCUUGUCAAGAAUUUUUAUAGGCACAGUCUAACCAAAGCAUUGCAAAAAAUAUAAAUGUAUGGUGGUAUGGACUGUCGUAAAUGAAAUGAGUCACGAGUUCGUCGGUCUUGCGCCAAUGAGUAAAAUAUCAAAUAAUUAUAGAUUUUAAUCUAAGACUUCGAGCCCUCAUCAGGAAAAAACUUCGUUAUCUUUAAUUAUCCUUGACCGAGUUACUACAGUAUGAAUAAUUGCAAUAGUAGUACACAGUCCCUCCCCGUGGUCUUUAUUUCACGAUGAUAAGUGGAGAAUAGAUCCAUUCCACAAUUGAUGCAGAAGGUAUUAUUCAACGUACAUCUAUCACCGUCUUACAUCGUUCACUAGGCCUCGGGGCGAUUACAAAUUCUCUUCAAUAUUAAACACCGCCAAAUGUAACUAAAAAAAAA